AUGGCCAACUAUGGCUCUCCAGCUACGGUUGGACUACAGUUCCCAUCAACCUCAGAAGUGCGCCUGGGGAUGAUGGGAGUUGUGGCCCAACAACAGGAGUGCCCCAGAUUGGACAUUACUCUAGCAGGGCGCAGUUUGGGGUCACUACCAAAUGAGCCGAUGUUCAGAAAUAAGAAUAGUCUAUAUAUUAACGUUGGUAUUUCAGGAGAUAAUGAUGAGAGGCUGGCAUUUCAGGAGGUCCUCCCCACUUCUGCAGCCAGAACCAGGACAGUCCCACCCACCCCCUUCUGCAGCCGGACCAACUUCUGUCCUGACCCCCUUCUGCAGCCAGCCCCGGGACAGCCCCGCACCCCCCUUCUGCAGCCGGCCCCAGGACGAACCCACACUCCCCUUCUGCAGCCAGCCCCGGGACAGCCCCGCACCCCCCUUCUGCAGCCGGCCCCGGGACAGCCCCGCACCCCCCUUCUGCAGCCGGCCCCGGGACAGCCCCGCACCCCCCUUCUGCAGCCGGCCCCGGGACAGCCCCGCACCCCCCUUCUGCAGCCGGCCCCGGGACAGCCCCGCACCCCCCUUCUGCAGCCGGCCCCGGGACAGCCCCGCACCCCCCUUCUGCAGCCGGCCCCGGGACAGCCCCGCACCCCCCUUCUGCAGCCGGCCCCGGGACAGCCCCGCACCCCCCUUCUGCAGCCGGCCCCGGGGCUGUCCCGCACCCCCCUUCUGCAGCCGGCCCCGGGGCUGUCCCGCACCCCCCUUCUGCAGCCGGCCCCGGGACAGCCCCGCACCCCCCUUCUGCAGCCGGCCCCGGGACAGCCCCGCACCCCCCUUCUGCAGCCGGCCCCGGGGCUGUCCCGCACCCCCCUUCUGCAGCCGGCCCCGGGGCUGUCCCGCACCCCCCUUCUGCAGCCGGCCCCGGGGCUGUCCCGCACCCCCCUUCUGCAGCCGGAACCGGGGCUGUCCCGUACCCCUCUUCUCCAGCCAGAACUGGGGCUGUCCAGCACCCCCUUCUGCUUCUGGAACCGGGGCUGUCCCACAUCCCCUUUCUGCAGCCAGCCCCAGGACAGCGCCACACCCCCACUUCUGCACACACACACACACACACACACACACAAGCACCGGCUCUGGGCCAGUCAUGCCUCCUUCCUGCAACUGGCCACAGUUUAGUCCUGCCCCCCCCCCUGCCCUUGAUUUCCCUCAGGGUAGGGAUUAAAUGGCUCGCCAAGAAACGAGGAGAACUCCUGUAGAAGUAACUACAGCCAGUGAAUGCAAGGGAAAUGCAGAAUCCCCGGAGGAUGGGCAGCUCUAGAUGGAGCAUCCCAAGAGUGGAAAAUGCUGUUGAGAUCAACGCUGUUUUACCCAAGGACUUGCCUCACGCCUGAACCAUGGUUAAACAAAGGAGCACUUCCCGGAAUCCCACUUGGCAUUGUUAUCGAGGUAAGUGCAGAGGGCGACCUCAGCCAGGUCAGUACACAUCAACACUGACAAAUCUCCCCUCGUGGGUGAAGGGAAUUGUGGGCAGGAAGAGGUUGAGGAGAUCAAGCCCGCACCAGAUUCCCAUUCCCUUUCUGGCUAGGUUCCCCAAAGCCUCAAGUCAAUUCCAGGUGUUGGGAGGAGACCAAAGGAUCCUUCUGUGUGGAAGGGAGGAUACUUCUCCAUUCAGAGGAGUUUUGCCUUCACCUCUGAGGCAAAAACCACCCCCUUAACAGGAAGGCAUGGUUGCACCGCAAUGCUUCACCCCAGGAGUGGAGGCCACACCUUAGUUUACAGAACUCCUUUCAAACUAGUUUCUAUAGUUGUGGCCAGAGUUUGCAACUCUUCUCUCUGCCCCAUCUCUUGAUUCGGAGCCUGGGUGCAAGACCACAUCUUCUCCUAGCGCUGCAUGCAGUGUGGGGUGCUGGUUUUUUGCAUCCAUUCCCGACAGGGUAUAAGAAACAAGCCUGGGAAACACAGUGGACCAUGCUGUGACAGCAUCCUUGGUAGGGAUGUUCCUGAAUCGGCACAUCUGAACCAGGCGAAUCGUUUCGGUACCUCUCUAAUGAGGCGCCAGAAUGAUGUGAGCACAUCCCUUAUCCUCGGUCCAUAGGGCCAUCCAGAGGGAUGAGGACAUGCUAAUGAAAGCAGUCCCCAACCUCUGCUGGCUUUCUGCAGGAACACCUUGGCAUCCGCUCACCCCACCGGGUAACAGUGUGGGAUUAGCUGGCCGCCUUUUGGGGCCGAGUAGGAAUUUUCCCCAUCCACCCAGAUUGGCCUGGAGGUGGCUGGUUUUUUGCCUACUCUACACUGUUGCACUGGUAGGGGUUUUUGAUCUGGCCCAUGUUAGGAGCGGUGCCUUUAAAUAGAGUAGCCCCUUGGUCACCAGCACCAUGAUGGUAGGUCAGAGGAGGGGAUACGGUGCUGCACCCAAGGGGUGGCAGCUCCACUGUGGCUUGGCUACAUUGCAGCUCUCUGUUGAAACUAGGUUAAUAAAGUUAUCGCCCUAGUUUUAAUCCA